AUGCAGAAUCAAGAAAGCAAAUCCGUCAACAAUCUACGAGAAUACAUCACGUCAAUAAUGACUAAUGGAGGACCAGCACCCGCCGAAAUGGAUCGAUAUCAGACACUUGAGCGAACAUUAGAACAAUUUCAGGAAAAUGCGCGGCAAAUGGGCAUUGUCGCGAGUGAUUUUUUGCCAAGAAAUCAAGAGAAUUUCAACCACAAGAUCCACACACUCAUCACCGGACUGCAGGAAUUGGAUCGAGCUCGGAACAACUUUGACGAUAUUCGAAUACCACUAGAACUGCUUGAAUUUUUGGACCAAGGAAAAAACCCUCAACUUUACAACAAGGAAUGUCUCGAGAGAGUUCUCAAUAAAAAUCGACAGGUCAAUGGGAAGAUCGAGCUAUACAAACGAUUUCGUUCGCUUCUACUAAAAGAACUUGGAGAAGAAAUGCCAGAAGAAGUUGCCCAAUAUAGAUAUCAUCGCGGUGAAAACGAAAAACAAAGU